CCCUGUCAAUUGUCCCCGCCGAUGUCUGCACCGAUCCUCCUCGCCUGUGGUUCUGUCCGAUUAGCAUUUUAGCAUUCAUGCCUCUUCACGCGGCGGCGUAUUAGCAGUCAGUCAGUCUCAAAGCGGCGCAUGUCACUCUUAUUUAUAUCCAGCACUCCCCAACGCCCAAGAAGAGGUUUGCAAAAUCGAGCAGAUCGCGUCUCACUUCAAGAUCGCUUCACAAGUAUUGCAAGAUUCGGCAGGCACCGUGUAGAGCGUCUUGGAUGGGAUGCGGAAUCAUAGCUGGGUCCACUUUGCGUGUCACGGAACACAAGGCAUUCCUAACCCACUGGAUAGUGCCCUGAUACUGCACGAUGGACGUUUGACCAUGUCCAGCCUAAUUUGUACAGAGCGUCUAGGGCAUGCCGACUUCGCUUUCCUCUCUGCUUGCGAGACAGCUGCAGGAGCCGAGAACCUCGUCGCCAAUGCUGCACACCUCACGGAAGCCAUGCAGCGCGCAGGCUAUCGCAGUAUCAUUUCCAUGGCCGGCAAGCCAGAUAGCACUAAGGCAGCGAUUGCUCUUCAUUACGCCACCAAGAUGCUGCGCGAGCGAGGGGCCCAAUCGAAGACGAUGUCAUUUUCAUGGGUGCCGUUCAUACAUGUGGGACUGUGAUUGGGUUGGCC